AUGGCAUUAAAGUACCACCCGGAUGUAUCACCACCCGAUCGGGUUGAUGAAUAUACUAUAAGGUUUAUCAAGGUGCAAGAAGCAUAUAAGAUAUUAUCUGACCCGAAAGCCCGAGCUAUGUAUGACAAUAGUAUUGCCAAGGGCUCGCAUUUAGCUUUUUCCAAGACACAUGAUGAAAAGGCCCAAUGGAGAGAGUCGUGGCAAGUGCAAAUUGCCGAGUUGCAAUGUAGGAGCAGAACCCAGGUGGGUCGGGAUAGGAGGAUGUCAUGGGCAGCUCGGAUCCGUGAUCAACGGAUCAAAACUGGGCCUUAUAGGUCCGACACGGAUCAAUUAGGGUCGAUUUAA